AUGAAAAGUGAAGAACAAAGCCGAUCGCAGUCGAAAGAUCUAAAAACCACAAGAAAGAGAAACAGAGUUCCAGUUUCUUGUCGAGUAUGUCGAAAAAGAAAGGUCAAGUGUGAUAAGCAACAGCCACAUUGCUUAAACUGUAUUAAAAACAAUGUCCAGCAUUUGUGUGUCUAUGCAAAACCUGAUUGGGCUAAAGAUUCUCCUCCUCCAGAGGCAACUAUCGAUAAUGAUCCCAAACCGGUAACCGUCAAACAAGAAGAUACAAAUGAACGAUUAGAACUAGCACAUUCAUUACAAAAAGAACUAGAUGAGAUGAAAUUGAAAGUAAAGGCAUUGGAAAGUGAGAAUAAUGAGUUAAAGAAGAAAAUGGUGAAUAUCCCCACUGUUAAUGAAGUAACAAGUACAACUUCUUCUCUGCUGGUGAAACCGAGAGAUACUGACGAUUUGUUGGACUCUAUAUUCAAUUCGAAUAUCUUGUUUCUUGCACAGCAAGGCAACCACUACAAUAUACAUAUCACCUACCAAAUUAGCGUGUUCUCCUGGAUGUUUAUUAUCAAAAGUGAUAUAUACUUGAAUGACUUGUGGAUGAAGAUACUGAAAUUGCGACAACAUUAUGAAUACUACUACCAUAAAGGAACAAUGGAGAAAAACAUGAUAUCUCAGUAUAGAAACUUUAAGAUGAAAAGCCUAUCACCACAAAUCAUUCCGAAGGAAAAAACUAAUGAGCAUACAAGUAAAUUAAAGAACUUUCUUGAAAAAAGUUUGAAUAUUAAGAGGGCAACAAAUCAUAGAGUUCAAAGUCCAACUACAUUGAAGAAUGAUAUCACAGGUGAAAUUGAGGUUAGUACCCCUUCUUCAAUGUUGUUGCAAAAGCAACCUCAACAUCCUAACAAAUGUCCUGUCACGGGUGUUGUUGGGGUGUGUCCAAUUGGAGAAAAUAUAAUGAAUUCUCCACUCAAGAGUAGUAAUGGUCAGAAUCACAAUGCUGAAGACACGGCAUUCGAUCCCAAGACCCAAGAAAAUAAACUAAAUGAUUGUGGACGACCUAAAAAGCAAACAACACAUCAACAUCCUCAUUUAACACACCGUAGCCACCACCCAGACAUUAAAAAAUGCCCUGUUUUUUAUCCCGUUACGGGCAAUCCUACUGUCAAUUCUAAGUCAGGAACUCCUACAAACGAUGAUCAGAGUGAUAUGGAUGAUAUGCUUGAGGAUAAUAAAGUUUGUCCAUUGAUAGCUGGGGACGGAAAGGCAUUGUUCAAGGAGAAAUUAACAAAGAUGAAUAUAAGUGCAAUCAGAGAAUCUUAUUCCAAAUCACCGAUGUCAUCGAUGGACUCACCUACUCUAAUUAAUCAAAAACGUAGAUCUGGAUCAUUAUCACCAUCUAAAUCCAAGAGUAUGCCCAUGAUUCCAUCGGGACCAUCGACGCCACUGUCAGAUAUUAAGCCACAAGAUAGUGAGAAAUUGCAAAAUUAUGUUCCUAUUGCGAUGAAACCCGAAUCAUCACCUACUUCAAGGCAGAACAGUUUGAAAAGGAUGGCAUCUUCCGAAUAUCCGUAUGGUGGAAAAAUGAAAAAAUUAAAGACCAUUUCUCCAGCUUUUAUCAAAUCUUUAAAUUAUAACAAUACCAAGCAAAUAAUAAACGUCAUUGAACAGCAUCUACCGCCAAAGAAAAUUGUUUUACUACUCAUUGAUAGAUUUUUUGAUAAAAUAUAUAUCCAUAUGCCAUAUGUUGAUGAAACCUCUUUUAGGCAUAGAGUUAAUUUGAUUAUCAAAGCAUCAGACUUAAACAGCCAAAGGAUAAAACUUUCAUCAAUUGGUAAUCAAUAUUGUGAGGAGUUUUUGACAUUGUGCCUAAUGUUAAUCAUACUCAGAUUAAGUUGGUUGUCAUUGCCGGACAAAUCAAGAGAAGGCCUAAACUCUAACGAAUUGCUAUUAAUGAAGCCUGAAAAUUUCAUAUCAUUGGUUUUAGUUGAAAUGGUCAAGGAGAUAUUUUCAAAUGCUAAAAUUUUGACAAAGCCUUCUGCUAUAAUCUUCCAAGUUGGAUUAUAUUUAAGAAUAUACUCAACAUUGUCGCCUGAGGAUGGGUUUGAUACUGAUAAUUCUUACACGAGCAAUGCAAACUUUAAUAAUCCGCAGCAGACAGAUCCAAAUAGUAGGUCCAACUCCACUUCAAUGUCUUCAUCGUCAGUUAAUUCCAACGAUUUGUCCGGAGACUUGACAAAUGAGUCCCCUAAUAUGAAUUCACCUGUAUAUAUUUCAAUGUUAGUACAAUUGGCUAGAACAAUUGGAUUGAACAGAGAUCCGUUAAAUUUUAAGAACUUUUAUCCAAAGCCGAAUGAUGAUGAGGCAACAGUUGCAAGAUUGUUCAGAAAAAGACAUUUGUGGAGAAAGUUGUGGUUUGGGUUGUUAUUUGUCACAAUUGAAGCAAAUUUGAGCUUAGGCGAUUAUAAGAAGGGUUUACCUAUUGAGCUUGAUUUAGACCCGACACUGGGUACUUCUGUAAACAAAACUUGGGACUGUAGAUUGCCAGGUGGUAUUGAACAAGGUGUUUUAGAAAAUUCUUUCAAAGGUGGUAAGAUAUUACAACGUGAAUUAUGCGUUGUGCAAAGUUUCAGAGAAUCCAUUAUAUCAUAUAAAUGGAUUUACAGAGGAAUGAAAUUACUAUUCAAUGUUGAUGAACCUCCUUCAACAACUGAGCUUGAAAAAAUCAUUAGUAAAUUAUCCGAAAUAAUAUGUGAGAAAUCCAAAUAUGGUUACGGUAUUGAUCUAAUUAUGGGAAAUCAAGAAAUUGUAAAUCCAUUUAGGGCAAGAAACUCAUCUGUUUGGAUCAAAAAAUAUACCAACCAAAUUAAAAUCUUAAGGUUGAAGGUUCAUUUGAUAAUUAAAAACAUGAUUUUCACAUUGACGUAUCUCUUAUUUUUGAACCACGAACAAAAGCUUAGCAAGCUACUAGGUCAAAAGCAUGCGUCCGUGGAGAAAAUAGAAAAGCAAAGGAUAUACAUUGAAACUUUUUUUGAGAGUUCAUUACUGUCGGCAAUUGAGAGCUUCAAAUUAUUUAUUCAAUUCAUGGAUGAGCAUGAGAAUGCGUUUACAAAUUGCAGCACGGGUUUACUAAUUUACCCAUUUUUGCUAAUAUUGAAUCACCGAUCGCAUGAGUUUUUGAUUUCUUUGAUUUUGAGGAUUCAACAGAAUUCACCGAUUAUUAUGGAAGUUCUGAAAAAAAACAAGAUUGAUCCGAAAGAGUUGCAAAAGCGGUUAUUCACAUAUGUUGAGACUUUUAUAGAAAGGCUAGAUUUACUUACCAAGAGGUACUAUUACGCAUGGGUUCUUAGAAGACUAGUUAAGUUUUUCCAUAAUAUUUUGACAAACUCACAAAAACUUUUCAAGUUGAACUUCAAAAAAAUGAAUGUAUCUGACACGGGCAAAGCAACAUCAGAGCUGAAAUCAGAUACAUUACCCUCUAAAGUUCAUAAAAAUGAGGAAACCAAUCAUAGUAAUAAUUGUGAUGGUAGCACUACUAGUAAUAACGGGAAAUCUGCAUUUGAGAUUGCCUUUGGUACAUCAAAAUUACCACCCGUUACUGAUUUCACACACGAUGAUAGAAGAGAAAUCAAUUUCAACCCUUUGAUCAGUAACUCUGACAUUCUGUUUAAUCAACAACAACAACAACAACAACAACAACAACAACGUCAUAACCACUAUAACCUACAACAAGGACAUCAGCAACACCAGCCCCUUACAAACAAUCAGCCAGGUUUAUCUGACAAAGGUAAUAACAAUGACAGCAAGAUACCUCAAACGGGCAGUAACAAUCUAACCAAUGUACUAUUUCAAAAUAUGGAGGCAGAUUUGAAUUUCAAUGCAAACAUGAAGAACACACAAACGACUCCUACAAUUGGAUAUGACGAUGUGAAUACGGUCCCCAUGGUGUCGAGCAAUUCUGACUCGAGUGUACAUAUGAAUGCCGAAUUACCGGCAAUAUUUGACGAUCAAUUCCUGAACGAUAUCGGUAGUUUUGGAUUAGAUGGUAUGAAUAUACCGGGUCUGAUGGGAUUACAGAGGGGGUUGAGUAGCGAUGGUCUUACACCACCAGCGUCGGCGCUGGGGCUGAACGUGGGGAAUACUCCAGAUACCAUCAUUGAGAGCAGUGCUCUGAAUAACGAAGCUACCUCGAUGCACAUGGGGGGUGGGUUUUACAAUGCAAUGAUGGGCCAAACAGGCAACAUCAACUCUGUGGACCAUAGAGUCAAUUCCAACGUUAUGGGAAGGCCAGAGAUGUACAACCCGCUCAACGAGAUUGACUUCACCAACAUUGAUUUAAACACCCCAGUGGAUAAUCUAAUGUAUGGAUUCGAGAUGCCUAUUCCGGACUCCGGAAAUACCCGAACUGAGGGCGGUGGCGAGAACGCCAGCAACGCACAGGGCAGCAACAACUUAACUUCCAGCAGUAUGUGGAACUUCUUCUAG